CCCAAAGACCCGACCUGCCGAGCGCCGAGCUUUGAGUGGAUGCGAAACACCCGUUUAUGCCGGAACCUGAGCGAGACUACCUACUAGCAGCCGGAGAGAGAACGAUACCCAACGCGGCCAAGUCAAGGCGCAGUCCGUAGGAUACCUUAGCGGGCGAGCUUCCGCCAAGCGCUUCCGCGCACGUUCAGCUCGCAGAUCCCCGAGUCGUAGCAACAGCUGGAGAACAGCAUGUGGUCGCCAGGGCAGCCAGGCUGAGACGCACGCGAUGCAUUCAAUCAUAUACGUACCUACGGCCCAAGCACCCAAUAGGCAGAUGAUGGAGAUACCUACACCCAAUGCCUGAUGCUCGGGCUGCUGCCCGGCUCCAUCUCCACGAGACGUUCGGAGAUAGAGGCCUUACAUACAGCACAAUCAUUAUUAAGGUGCGACGGGCACUCCCACCGUGCAGCGAUCUCCGUACCAUCCACUUAGGUUACGGAGCCCCGCAGGCAGCCUAGCCACGCAGCACUGAACGGAGAACACCGCAGGCGGGGUACUUAGCACAGCACGGCCAGCAAACGAAUGACGUCCCACGAGCCAGCCCAAAAUCCAUAGGUCGCAAGGCAACCGGGAUCCAGGCACCACACCCACCCCUACCAAGCCUCCAACGAUAUCGCCAAAUACGCAUCCUCGACUUCUGCCGCUGUUGGCACCGCUUAAGCCCGUCAUUUCAUUCGUUCGGCACACGGAGCCAAGCUGAGGCGCCUCAGCAAGGCCAAAAAUAAGCACUUUUGCCGUUGCCCUUCCAAACACCACCACCAGCCCCGCACCCAUCGCCCAACAUGGCUCCAUCGGACCUCAACCUGUUGAUCGAGAUGGGCUUCGAGCAGUCACGUGCCGAGCUCGCCGUGAAAAAGACAGGAGGACUCCAGGGCGCCCUUGAGUGGCUGGAGGUAAACCAGGACAAGCCACUAGAGGAGCUACAGGCCGGCACGUCUGCUGCGGCCGCCGACGAGGAGGAUGAGGACGAGGCUGGCGGGCCCAAGAUCGCCGGGGUCGACGAGGGUGAGACUGCUCAGUCGCUCGUUUGCAACGAGUGUGGCAAGAAGUUCCGCAACAGCGAUAUGGCCACAUUCCAUGCCACCAAGUCUGGCCACACCGACUUCUCCGAGUCUGCCGAGGCCAUGGCGGCCCUGACCGAGGAGCAAAAGAAGGAGCGCCUCGCAGAGUUGAGGGAGCAGCUCAAGACCAAGAAGGCCGUCCGGGGCGAGAAGGACAAGGAGGAUGCCAAGCGCAAUGAGCAAAUUCGGCAAAAGGCCACCAGGGAGACCCAGGACCUGAAGGAGGAGCUCGCGAGGAAGGAGCAGAUCAAGGAUGCGGCCAAGAAGAGGCAGGAGAAGCUGGACGACAUCGAGGCCAAGCGCCGCAUCAAGGCCAAGAUCGAGGCCGAUAAGGCCGAGCGGAAGCGUAAGGCCGACGAGGCCAAGGCCGCCAAGGGCGGCGCGUCCUCGGCAACCGCCGCCGCCGCCGCCCCGGCCGCGCCCGCGCCCGCGGCAGCCCCCCGGACCGUCAACCACACCGAAGCCAGGUUGCGGCUCCAGCUCCCCUCGGGCGGCAGCGUGCAAAAGACGUUCCCGGCCGAGGCGACGCUGUUCGAAGUAGCGCAGGCGCUGCAGGCCGACGACGGCGUCCCGCUUGUCGAGAGCUUCACGCUCACCUUCCCGCGCAAGGUCUUUGAGGGAGAUAUGGACUUCAGCAAGACCCUGCGCGAGGCGGGCCUGGUCCCUAGCGCCGUGUUGAUCGCGAAGUAGGGAACUGGGCAGCGGCCGGGAGAAAGCCUGCGCAGCUGCGCAUGAGGAAGACGAUGCUGCAAAGUGCGUGGUGCUGUGACGACAUCGACUUGAGCAUCUUGGUGAGUCAAGUGGAUAGAGUAGGCGCCAGUAGCAGCGGCAAGCUCUUGAAUAAAGCCAGAGCACAGGAUACCGGGGUGGCUUGGGCGAUAGUUCCAGGGCGAAUAAAUGAAAAAGAAUUCGAGUCCAUGAGAAGGCAUCACGGGACCGCAUAGUCACACAGUACGGCAUCUGCCUUGACAAUUGUGAGCAGGAAAAAAGCCCUGCUAAGUCACAUCCCAUUUUGGUCUCAGACGCCCAGAACCGAUCCGUAG